AGAACUACAAUUCCCAGCAGCCCCAUAGAGAGCGAGGUGAGGGGGCUUGAGUCACGUGGGCGCUGGGCCUGGGCGGGCUAUUUCUCAGUGCGGCGGCGGCGGCGGCGGCGGCGGCGACUCGGGGGACCGGGGCCUUUUGUUUGGAGCGGCUGUGGGAGGCCCCGGAGCGGCGCGGCCGGCGGCCUUCCCCAGCUCGCUGGGUCCCGGUCGCCCCUCGCAGGGGUGCGGGGCCGCCCAGUGGGCCGCCCGUCGCCUCAGGCGCCGCCGCCCCGCCCUAGGCCCGCCCCGCCUGGCCUGAGGGGAGGAACCGGCUAGGCCUGGCCUUGCCGUGCUGCCCAGCCAGCUUCGAAAACCUCGCUCUGCUCUGCACCCGAGGCUACCCCGCGCGCCUUAAGCCGACGCCAUGAAGAUCAAGGAUGCCAAAAAGCCCUCUUUCCCAUGGUUUGGCAUGGACAUUGGGGGAACUCUAGUAAAGCUCUCAUAUUUUGAACCUAUCGAUAUCACAGCAGAGGAAGAACAAGAGGAAGUUGAGAGCUUAAAAAGUAUUCGGAAAUAUUUGACUUCUAACGUAGCAUAUGGGUCCACUGGCAUUCGGGAUGUUCACCUUGAACUGAAGGAUUUAACACUUUUUGGCCGAAGAGGGAACUUGCACUUUAUCCGAUUCCCAACCCAGGACUUGCCUACUUUUAUCCAAAUGGGAAGAGAUAAAAACUUCUCAACAUUACAAACGGUGCUAUGUGCUACAGGAGGUGGUGCUUAUAAGUUUGAAAAAGAUUUUCGUACAAUUGGAAACCUCCACCUGCACAAACUGGAUGAACUUGACUGCCUUGUAAAGGGCUUGCUGUACAUAGAUUCUGUCAGUUUCAAUGGACAAGCAGAAUGCUAUUAUUUUGCUAAUGCCUCAGAACCUGAGCGAUGCCAAAAGAUGCCUUUUAACCUGGAUGAUCCUUAUCCACUGCUAGUAGUGAACAUUGGCUCAGGAGUCAGUAUUUUAGCAGUCCACUCCAAAGACAACUAUAAAAGAGUGACUGGGACAAGCCUUGGAGGGGGUACCUUUCUUGGGCUGUGCAGUUUAUUGACUGGCUGUGAAAGUUUUGAAGAGGCUCUUGAGAUGGCAUCCAAAGGUGACAGCACCCGAGCUGACAGGCUGGUCCGCGAUAUUUAUGGAGGAGAUUAUGAAAGAUUUGGUCUGCCCGGUUGGACUGUAGCAUCUAGUUUUGGGAAUAUGAUUUAUAAAGAGAAGCGAGAAGCUGUUAGUAAAGAGGAUCUGGCAAGAGCUACUUUAGUUACUAUCACCAAUAACAUUGGUUCCGUGGCACGAAUGUGUGCUGUUAAUGAGAAAAUAAACAGAGUUGUCUUUGUUGGAAACUUUCUACGUGUCAAUACCCUCUCCAUGAAACUUUUGGCAUAUGCACUGGAUUAUUGGUCAAAAGGUCAAUUGAAAGCUUUGUUUCUAGAACAUGAGGGAUAUUUUGGAGCUGUUGGUGCACUUCUUGGGCUGCCAAAUUUCAGCUAAGACAGCAGAGAUCUCUGCUAACAAAUGUCACCCAGGAGGAACCGAAACCAGAGACUGCAUUCAUUAUUUGUCACUGGGAACCAAAGGAUAAAAGUAACACUAUUCCUGUUGAUUUUAAAUGUCAGAAUGCUAAGCUCCUGAGUGUUACCAUAUUAAAAAGAGAGCUUAAAGUAUUUGACAUUGAGAUGUUUUCCCUUAUGUAUAUAGCCAGCGUUCCAUUUUAAAAUGCAAUACAGCCUCUUGACUAUUGGGCUUUCUCUCAAAAAGAUUAUUUAUUUUAUGUAGCCAACAUUGCAGUACUAUAUGCAAGGACACAAAUCUUAAAAGUCUCAGAAAUGUUUUCUUAUGAAAAAUAAUUGAUUCUGAAUAUUUGUUCUGAGUCUGAUUUAUGUAUGUUUGGUGUAUAGUGAGCAGAAAGUAACAGCAGUACCCUGUAUCAAGAUUUAUUGUAACAGCAAUCAAAGAUGAUCAUUCUGUAUGAUUAAGAAACGUUAAGGCAAUAUUAUUAACUAUGGUAGUUUUUGUAACAUAGCUUCAAAAAAGCAUGUCGAUAGGAUCUUUCUCCAGAAGUAUAAUUUUUCUCAAAUGCCAUCAUGAAUUGAAAUUCUGUGGUUAAACAUUAAACUGAAUUUCCAAAUGAAUCCUGGAAAUUUUUUGCACAUAAUUUGGUGACAUUACAUUUUUUCUAUUUGAUGUAUUAAUCAACAUGUUAAAUGUUUGCUAUUUUAAAGUUGGAAUCAUAAUUACAAACUUUAGUUCUUGGACUGUAUGUAUGGAAUAUGGUCAGAGUGAAUCAUUCAGGCCCAAGCAUAGACAUUUCUUCUCACGAAGUCUGCAUUGUAAGCACUAAAGAUUUUAUCUUAUAAACAAUCACAACAGAAUCAUUUUUAUUCUAAAUGGGUAUUUUGCAACUUUGGGACUCUGAGGCAGUAUUGCAGAAUAACAAAAGGAUCAGUAUUUGUACAUUCUGGUCUUAAAAACAUUGUAGGUCCAGAAUUUGCCAUUCUUUUUGUUUUGAAAUUCAUUCUGUUUUGAAUUCAUGUUUUUAUGCCAUGAAAUUUCUGAGCUUUUUACAUAGACAGUAACAUUUUGGAGGUCUGAUAAUUGCGUCUGUGAGGGAAAUUGACCUGUAUAAAUUACCAAUGUUUCUAGAAAUACCUUGAAGAGGUUAGAGAUUAUUUACAUUUUCAAAAGUAUUUCAAUGUGUUUUCCUAGACCCCAGUGUUGCUCAAUAGAGAGCAGUGUUCCGUAAACUGUCAAGAUAUGCUUAGUAAAGACAUUUCUCCAUGUAGUGUUCAAAAUUUUGUAUGCAAGUAUUUAAAAUUCAGGGUUUUUUCCCCCAAAGAUAUGAACAUAUAAAUAAUAGCAUUUUGGGAGGGAAGCAUGUAAAGAUAAUGUUUGCUCACAUAGACUACUUGGAACUUUGAAUUCAUUCCACUGGAUAGAACUUUUAAAAGCUGACAUUGAUGUCACUGUGUAAUGUCUCCAUCACAGUGGCUGGCCAUAUGAACUGAAGUGCCAUUGGUUCCAUUUAUUUUGUUUCCGAUUUGUGUGUACAGAUAAGAAUGUAACCGAAUGGUAGAAACUACAAGUCUGAUACCUGUGGAAAUUCUAUACAUCAGCAACUGUAGGUUUAGGGCAGUCUUUAAGAAAACGAUUGAAUAGUAUUUAUGUUAGUUUGAUCUGUUCUUUGGUUCAUAUGGAACUGAGAUUUACCUGCUGAAAUCACCUACACAUGUCCAGUGAACAGCCCCUCCUGUUCUCAGCUUUCUUCAGAUGUAAUCUAGAAUUGCUGAACUAAUAAAUAACACAGAGUUAAUAUGAAGGCUGCCAGGAUUCUAAUUUUUUCUGUCACUGGUUUGAUUUUUGUUUUUUCAGACAGGGUCUCACUAUGUAGACCAGGCUGGCCUUGAAUUCCCAGAGAUCCACCUGCCUCCACCUCCCGAGUGCUGAGAUCAGAAGUGUCAGCCAGUACGCCCAGCGAUUCUAAUUUUCUUUAUUUUGAUUUUGAGAAAUUCCCUGUAAGCAUGCUGUCAUUUUAUAAAUAAGUUCACUUCCAUGUCCAUCAUCCUAAUCAAAGAGCUGUGUUCUGAAACAGUGCCAUCUAAUAAAAAUAAAAUGUAAACUAUAAUUUUAUAUUUUCUAGUAAACACAAUAAAAAGAACAAGAAAUAGGUGAAAAUCAUUUUAGUUACAUGUUUUUAUUUACCAGGAUAUCUGUUAAAUAGUGCAAAAAAUUUGGAAGUAUAUUUUACUUUAUUUCUUUGCUCUAGUCUCCACAGCUGGUGUGUAUUUUAUACCUACAGCACAUCUCAAUUUGGACUGACCUCAUUUCACAGUCAGUAGCUAUAUAGCACCCACUGUGCUAGGGCUUUUCUAGAGCUCCUUAAAAGAGACCAGUAUCAUAUGACCAUGGAAACUUUGAAUACGGGCUAAUAAAAGAACAAGAUAGGGAAAAAAUGGGACUCUUAAGUAGAGAUAAAAUCACUUACUUGGAACAGUUUAUUUUACACAGCAAGCUAUUUCUGACUAUUCUAAAAAUGCCUUCCUUAUAUUGGCAUCAUUCAUCUUAUAGCAUAUGUAAUUUUUAUAAUGUCUGAUACUCUCAAAAUUGCCUAUGAUACAUUCUCAUAGUUAGCAGUCUCCAAAAUCCCUUCACUUAAGAAAAAUUAAUGCCAGGGACUUAAUUUCUAAAAUUCUGAGUUUGUGCAGUCAGUUUGGAAGAAUUACCAAGAAAAUACUUUUUAACUCCUUAUCAAUUUUUCUACAAAGAAUCUUUAUAAAAAUUGUCAGUUUGGUUUUGGUGAUUAAAAAAAAAAGUCCAAACUUAACUACCACCAUCCCCCCCCCGCCCCGAAAUAGUCCCUUUUAACUAGACUUCUUCAAGUUUCUAUAGAUGUGCGGUGUAAGUUACCAUGGCAUUUUCCUUGCUCAGCUACUCUUAAGUGGACUCGGAGGUUGGACAAAAUCAUUGCCAAUAAUGGACAUGAUAAUUAAAGCCAGCCCCUCGAGUUCCAAUUAUUUGCCGGUACUAGUAGACUCUUCAAAAACUCCAGAAUUAGUUUUACCUUUCAGUAUGCGUGUGAUUGUUGUAUUUAAGGCACCUGUUUCUAAAAAAUUGAUGCUCUUUUAAGGUUACAUUCUUGGGUGGUUUCUAAAUGUCCUUUAUAACCACUUUGUUAUAAGCAAAAUUUGUAGCUUAUUUGUAUCUUUUGUUCUUCUAUUGAGUGCUUUCUCUUCAUGUGUUGCAUUUGAGAAUAUAAUUCUAAAAUUCUCCUAAGCCACAUAGAAACCUGAUUAAAGGAUAAUGAAAAUGA